AUGGAUGAAGUAUCGAUAGAAAAUGUAAUACGACGUUGUGGCGAUUUUUCUACAUUUCAAUGGAUUCAUUUAUCCUUACUAUGUCUGCUCAAUUUGAGCAGUGGUAUGACUGGAUUUUACUAUGUUUUCGGUCUUGCUGAACCACUUUUUCGUUGUCGAUUACCAUCGGAUAUAUGGCCUGAUGAUAAUCAAUAUCUGUCAGCCAAUUCCACACAUCAAUAUUAUCUUGAUACACAGCUAACGUCUUCGUCCAAAUGUCAGUAUGCUAACGGAUCUCAAUGUAAUAAUUUUGUUUUUGAUCAAACUGUUUUUGGAAGAACAUUCACCGAAGAGGCAGGAUUUGUAUGUGGCAAUGCAAUAAAGAAAACAUGGAUUUCAACCGUCUACGAGAUAGGAACAUUUACGGUAUUGAUUACUGGACCAGCUUGUGAUCGAAUUGGACGACGAAAACUUCUAAUAGGUUUGAGUUUAGGACUUUAUGUAGUUACUGGUAUUACUCAAACGCUUCUUCAAUUUGUCAGCAUGGGUGUAAAUACUAAAUUUAUUCUUCUGAUUAUCAAUCAACUUGUAUCUGGUAUAGAUCCUUAUGGAAUUGUAUUUCUUCUUAUGAUGGAAUUAACAUCAUCUACACAUACAAGUUUCGCUGCCGGUGUAUCUUUGAUUGCAUAUACAUUAGGAGAAAUUUUAUUUACUGGUUUUGCUCGUUUAGCACGAAAUUGGCUUAAUCUAAAAUGGUUGAUGAGUGUAUAUUAUGCUGUUACUAUUCCUUAUCUUUAUUUUAUUCCAGAAUCGCCUUAUUGGUUAUUUAGUCGAAAGAAAUACGAUGAACUUGAAGUUUGUUUACGAAGAAUUGCGAAAACCAAUCGUCGUGAAGAAAGUGAAUGGUUACCAUAUUAUAAAGAAUUAGUUGAAGAAUCUCGCAUUGUUGAAAGAACUGAAACCAAGAUAAAGAAAAAGAAAAGAGCCAGAGUUUUACAAUUCUUACCUAGACUAUUGAUGUGUGGCAGUAUUGAAUUUGUUACUAUGUUACUAUAUACGAAAAUUUCUUAUGGACUUGGUGCGACGAGUGAUACUUUAAGUCCUUAUGUGAAUUUUAUUAUUGGAGCUGGUGUUGAAGGGCUUGGUUACUUAACGGCUGGUAUUGUAAUGACUACAAUGCUUGGAAGAAAAUUUUCAUUGAUCAUGUUUGUAUUAUUAACAGCGAGUGCAGUACUCGCAGUUCCAUUCUUAAUGGAAUCUUAUCCAGUUGUAUCUAUCAUUAUUUCGCAAGUAGGUAAAUUUGGAGUGAGUGCUGCUGUAUCAGUUUCAUGGCUAUAUGUUCCUGAACUUUUUCCUACGUAUAUGAGAGGUUUAGCCAAUGGUAUAUUUGUGUUUGUUGGUAGUUUUGGAUCAAUGAUAGCACCUAUUGUUGAUGCUGCAGUUGGUGAAAAGUAUCAGCAUAUUACACAUUAUGUCUAUUCUGGUCUAACAUUAGCAUUAGCUGCUGUAAUUACUACUUUGCCAGAGACACGUGAUCGAUCGUUUCAAGAUGGAGAAGAAGAAGAGGAAGAAGAUGUUGAUGCAGUUCAAACCGAAGCUGAUUCUGACAAUAAAAUUUAG